AUGAACACCGCUAUGAUCUCUCGCUCCACUGCCAGGUCGGUCCGCAGCACCUCCAUCAUGGGAGGCGGCAGCCGCGUCACGGCCAUGAGAGCCGGCAGUGUUUACGGCGGUGCGGGAGGUUCUGACGUGCGCAUCUCCUCGGCGGGCAUGGGGAUUGGCAUGGGCGGCGGCUUCUCCUCCAUGUCCAUGAGCGGGACCGACGCCCUGAUGGGCAACGAGAAAUUCACCAUGCAGAACCUGAACGACCGGUUGGCCUCCUAUCUGGACAAGGUCCGCUCCUUGGAGAAAGCCAACGCUGAGCUGGAGCUGAAGAUUCGUCAGUUCCUGGAGAGUCGAGUGGGUCCCUCCAGCAGAGAUUACACCGCCUACUUCGCAACCAUUGCCGAUCUCAACGCCAAGAUCCAGGAUGCCACCCGGGUGAAUGGUGCAGUCCACCUGAGCAUUGACAACGCCAGGCUGGCGGCAGAAGACUUUAAAACCAAGUACGAAAACGAGCUUGCCAUGCGUCUGUCGGUGGAGGCCGACAUCGGAGGACUGCGGCGCGUACUGGAUGAGCUCACGCUGACCAGAACUGACCUGGAGAUGCAGAUUGAAGGUCUCAAGGAGGAGCUAGUCUUCCUCAAGAAGAACCACCAGGAGGAGCUAGCGGCAUUGCGCGCUCAGAUGAGCGGUCAGGUGCACGUGGAGGUGGACGCCGCCCCGGGUCAGGACUUGUCAGCCAUGAUGGCCGAAAUCCGAGAACAUUACGAGGCCAUGACGGCCAAGAACAAUCGCGACCUGGAGGCCUGGUACAACGCUAAGAUAGAGGCGCUCAACAAAGAAGUGAUGACGCAGACGGUUAACCUGCAGACGUCCAGGUCGGAGAUCAAUGAAGUCAAACGUACAUUGCAGGCACUCCAGAUUGAACUGCAGUCAUUGCUGGGCCUGAAAGCGUCGCUGGAGGGAACGCUCGCCGAGACGCAGAGUCGCUACUCCGUGAUGCUUUCGGGCUACCAGAUGCAGGUGUCCUCCCUGGAAGAGCAAAUUAUGCAGUUGCGAGCUGAUCUGGAGCGCCAAGGUCAAGAGUACCAGAUGCUGCUGGACAUUAAGACGCGGCUGGAAAUGGAGAUCGCAGAGUACCGCCGCCUGCUGGAGGGCGAGAACGUCAGCAGUGUCACCACCUCGUCAGCGUCCUCGACAAACGUUAGCAAGCGCGUGGUGACGGUGGUAGAGGAGGUGGUAGACGGCAGGGUGGUCUCAUCCUCCACCUCCAAUACCUCAUCUUCCUACAUGGCUCGUUGA